GCCAGGGCCCUUAUUUCACCAUCUAAGGGGCACAACAUUUCACCUUUUAGAUUGUUUCGCAGGGCAUUGAGAAAAGUAAAAUGGAAUGGGUUUUUUACCUUACUUUUGGAUACAUUAAGCAAGAUAUCAAAUUUUGUGCCUCCCAAAUCAUUAGAUCCAUCACAUUGGGAUAUUGAGGACUUACCUCUUGAAUUAUUCUAUCCAUAUUUUCGGCUAACCACAAUGGAUGCUUUUUAUAACAAUAAUUCUGCAGAUGAGCAUAUAAAUUUGGCUAAAUAUGGUCGCCCUUUAUAUAUGUCAUACUUGCAAAGUUGUCCAAAUGACCCUCAAGCCAUUAAUAACCUUAUGAAUCUUCUCAAGCGAAAGCUGCUUGGAGGUGUAAAUAAUUUUGAAAAUAGUCAGAAGGACAUUACUAGCUUAGCAAUUUUAUCAUCUUUGGUAGGACUUGAUAUCUCACCACAGUCUCAAUUGGCCUCAGAACUUGUUGCUUCACAUAUGGCUACCUGUCUUGCUGUAUCAGAAGAUAGAGAACGGUUAAUCAUUGUUUAUCCUUCUGAGCCCUUAUUAUCAGAGGCUGCUUUUGAAUUAAUGUCUACUUCAGCAUUACCACAAAUAUUAAAUCAGUUUAACACUUUACUUAAGAAAGGUAUCAUGGAACCUGGUCCCCGAGGAGAGAUUGUUGCACAAAUUAUUCUUGUUCUUGUGAUUAAUAGAUUGAGAUCACAACAUAAUAGAGCAGAAAACAAUGUUAGAGAAUUUCUUCAGAAGCUUUAUGAUGAUGAAUCUUUACCAAAAAAGAAAAAUUUAAAACAGUUUUAUAUGAGAAGAUGUGCUUUUGUUAUGAAACGAAAUCAUCCUGGUGUAGAUAUUUGUAUUCCUAUCAAACUAAUGGCUGAUGAAUAUAGUGUUAUUCUUAUUCAAAUCAAAAAUAUUAAAGGUCGUAGGUUUGAUGAUAAAUAUCCUUACUCAGCUAGAUCUAUGUUUGAUUGUGAUUAUGUAUUUGAAGGUUCUGAUCUAGAACAACAUAAUAAACCAUGUGUUUGUUUAUAUUGGCAACUUGGUUAUCAUGGACAUUAUGCACAAAUUCCUGGACAUGUUUCAGGAACUCGUCAAUCUGAAAGUGAUGAUUACAGAAAACUAACUUUAUAUUGGGCUACUUCUGGGUUUAAUCAUUUUAAAAUAAAUGAUGAUAAUGUAUCCAAGAUUCUUCAAGAUAUUUUAGCUUCUCAUAUUUCACCAUUUAAUGCUGAAUGGAUAGUUAAUAAUGUAGAUGAAGGAGAUAAUUGGAAGGAGGAUGAAAUAAAAAUUAUGCAUCCUCUUGGAUAUAAUUAUGAAGGAUAUAAUUACAAAA